UACUUAUGCUCUGUUCCAAUUAUAUGGAGAAAAGCUGAAUUUUAUAGUGAUAUAACAAGAUCAUGUAUACGAUGGGACAAAUUCAAAAAGGUCACUAAUAAUGAGUUAUAUGGGAUUGCUAAAUCUUGUCCCAACUUGCGCCAUCUAAAAAUAAUGUGGUGUCGUGGUUUAUCUGAUAGAGUCAUUAGUAAGAUUGCGCAAAUUUGUCCUUUGGAAUUCCUCAGUGUUUCAUGUAAUAGUAAAGGUAUAAAACGGGCCAGUAAAUUAUAUAAUAUGAAGGAUACAACUUUAUGUAAAAUUGCAAAUUCGUGCCCAAAUCUACAAUACCUAAAACUUAAAUCUUAUAAGCUAUCUGAUAUAUCAUUGAAAAAAGUGGCCCACUUAUGUACUAAUUUGCGUUACUUAAAAUUGAAAUAUAAUGAGCAUAUUACCGAUACAUCUAUAGUCCUAAUUGGGCAAAACUGCUCAUAUUUAGAAUAUCUUGGUUUAUGGGGAGCCAAUAUUACUGAUGCAUCAUUAAAACAGAUUGCUGAAUCAUGCCCGAAACUCCACACUCUACGCUUAAUCGAUUGUGAAAAAAUAACUGAUCAAGGAGUGUACGCAAUUGCUUCAGCAUAUCCAAAUAUGCAAAAAUAUGUAUUGGAUGACUGUGGAGAGAUUACUGAUAUAUCAGUUAAAAAAAUUGCGCAAUCUAACCCAAAUCUUAAAUAUCUUAACUUAAAUUGGUGUCAUCUUGUAUCUGAUGAUUCUAUUUGUGCAAUAGCGCGAUCAUGUCCAAAACUUGAACAGCUUUAUCUUGAGAAUUGCGACAUUACUGAUGUAUCUAUGUCUGCAUUAGCAAAUUUGUAUAAUCUUCAAAAACUUGAUAUUGAGGAUUGCGAGAAAAUUAGUAUAAAUGAAAUUAUAACCUUGCAAAGUAAAAUUCCUACUCUUGAUAUCAUCGGUUGGUAUUCAGAUACGAAUAGUGAGUCGGGUAUAUCAUUAUAG